AGGUCCCACUCUGUGCUUCUAUGGAGAAGGGCGGCCAGUGUGAUUUUGGGCAAAGUGUGGUGACUUGUGGAUUUUCACUGUGACGGUGUUGCCACAUGGUCCUUCAAUUGGAGUUAGUGCAACAAGGAGACAUCUGAGCCUAAAAUUUAUGAAACAUCUAAAGAAAUCAAACUUUAUAUAGGAUCACUGUUGUGGGUUGAAUUGUGUCUCCCCAAAAGAUAUCGAAGCCCUAACUCCCUCCCUAUACCAUACAAUAGGGCCUUUAUUGGAGUCAGGGUCCUUAUAGAAUAUCAAGUUAAGAUGAAAAGAUUUGGUUGGGCCUUAAUUCAGUAUAUCUGGUGUCAUUAUAAAAGGGGACAAUUUGGACACAGGGACAAAGGGAGAAUGCCACAUGAUGGUUGGAGUUAUGAUGCCAUAAACCAAGGAACUCCAAAGAUUGCUGGCAAGCUACUAAAAGCUAGGAGAGAUUCACGGAACAGUCUCUCUUAGCCUACCAAAGGAGUCAACCCUGGUGACAUCUUGAUUUUUUUCACAGUUCUAGCCUCCAGAACUCUUUAAAAAAUUGAAGCCUAUUGUAAACCUUCUUAUAAGAAACGUUUCUAAUCGGAGAGUUCGAUAUUUUUCUUUUCUUCAUUCAUGAAAAUAUAGAUCCACUGAGAAAGAGAACAAGGCUUCUCUGCAGAAUGUCAAACAAAGAUCGACACAUUGAUUCCAGCUGUUCGUCCUUCAUCAAGACGGAACCUUCCAGCCCGGCCUCCCUGACGGACAGCGUCAACCACCACAGCCCUGGUGGCUCGUCAGACGCCAGUGGGAGCUACAGUUCAACCAUGAAUGGCCAUCAGAACGGACUUGACUCGCCACCUCUCUACCCUUCUGCUCCUAUCCUGGGAGGUAGUGGGCCUGUCAGAAAACUGUAUGAUGACUGCUCCAGCACCAUUGUGGAAGAUCCCCAGACCAAGUGUGAAUACAUGCUCAACUCGAUGCCCAAGAGACUGUGUUUAGUGUGUGGUGACAUCGCUUCUGGGUACCACUAUGGGGUAGCUUCCUGUGAAGCCUGCAAGGCAUUCUUCAAGAGGACAAUUCAAGGGGUGCGUCUUGACAGAGUACGUGGAGGUCGGCAGAAGUACAAGCGCAGAAUAGAUGCGGAGAACAGCCCAUACCUGAACCCUCAGCUGGUUCAGCCAGCCAAAAAGCCAUAUAACAAGAUUGUCUCACAUUUGUUGGUGGCUGAACCGGAGAAGAUCUAUGCCAUGCCUGACCCGACUGUCCCCGACAGUGACAUUAAAGCCCUCACUACACUGUGUGACUUGGCGGACCGCGAGUUGGUGGUUAUCAUUGGAUGGGCGAAGCAUAUUCCAGGCUUCUCCACGCUGUCCCUGGCGGACCAGAUGAGCCUUCUGCAGAGUGCUUGGAUGGAAAUUUUGAUCCUUGGUGUCGUAUACCGAUCUCUUUCCUUUGAGGAUGAACUUGUCUAUGCAGACGAUUAUAUAAUGGACGAAGACCAGUCCAAAUUAGCAGGCCUUCUUGAUCUAAAUAAUGCUAUCCUGCAGCUGGUAAAGAAAUACAAGAGCAUGAAGCUGGAGAAAGAAGAAUUUGUCACCCUCAAAGCUAUAGCUCUUGCUAAUUCAGACUCCAUGCACAUAGAAGACGUUGAAGCCGUUCAAAAGCUUCAGGAUGUCUUACAUGAGGCGCUACAGGAUUACGAAGCUGGCCAGCACAUGGAAGACCCUCGUCGAGCUGGCAAGAUGCUGAUGACACUACCACUCCUGAGGCAGACCUCUACCAAGGCCGUGCAGCAUUUCUACAACAUCAAACUCGAAGGCAAAGUCCCCAUGCACAAACUUUUUUUGGAAAUGCUGGAGGCCAAGGUCUGACUAAAAGCUCCCUGGGCCUUCCCAUCCUGCACGUUGAAAAAGGGAAAAUAAACCCGAGAGUGAUGUCGAAGAAACUUAGAGUUUAGUUAACAACAUCAAAAAAUCAACAGACUGCACUGAUAAUUUAGCAGCAAGACUAUGAAGCAGCUUUCAGAUUCCUCCGUAGCUUCCUGAUGAGUUUCUUUCUACUUUCCUCUAUCAUCUUCUUUUCUCUUGCUUCCCACAUUUCUCUUCCUCUCUGUUCUUUCUCUUUCUUCUUUCCCCCUCCAUUAUUUCUUGGCUUCUUUCAUUCCUAGUUCCCAUCUCCUUUAUUUUCUUUUCAUCCGCCUGCCUGCCUGCCUUUUUUUUCUUUGCCUACUCUCUUCCCUCUCUUUCCUCAUCCUUCCCCUUUGUUCUAAAUUUUAAAUAGCUUUAGUUGUAAAAAAAAAAACUCCCUCC